AUGGCAAGUUUGCAAGCUAUGCUAGUUAACUAUCGAAAUAAUAAUAUCUUCUACGGCCCGAUGUUGAUGAAGCCGAAGAUCACCAAGAUGGCACGAAAAGAGAUUUUGAUGGGGGCAAAAAAGGAGAUAUCGGUGAAACCAGCUGCAGAUAGGGGAUCCCGUUACUCCAAGCCUCAUAAGGAGAGUUUGAAGGCAGUAUUGAUAGAACAUCCAAAUGAGUUGUACCCGUUACUGAAGCUGUUCAUAGCCAUGAAGAAGGCGGAGCUUCCAAUGUUUGCUGAGCCACACUGGGAAUUUUGUUACUUCAUGCUUCAUAGGCUGUCUAGUAUGAGCGUGCUCAUGAUUCAGCAGCUGGACAACAUCGAGUCUCGUCGUGCGACAUGCCUAUGUUAUUUGAUUCUUCGAGCCCUUGACACCGUUGAGGAUGAUAUGAGUAUACCUACUGAUAUUAAGAUACCGAUUCUGAAGAACUUCCAUCGCUAUAUAUAUGAUCCAAACUGGCACUUUUCAUGCGGGGACCACGAAAGGAAAGAACUCAUGGACAACUUUCAUCAUCUUUCUACAGCCUUUCUCGAACUUGAACAACGUCAGCAAGAAGCAAUUGAAAAUGUUACCAUGAGAAUGGGGGCGGGGAUGGCAAAGUUUUAUAGCAAAGAGGUUAAGACACUUGACGACUAUGAAGAGUAUUGCAGCUGCGUUGGUGGGCUAGCUACUUUGGGGUGGGGAAAAGUUAUCCAUGCCUCGGAGCCAAAAUUCUUGUUUUCUGAUUCGGUUUUGAUUUUGCUUGGCUUAUUAGUCCAGAAAUCUGAUGUCAUUAAAGAUUUUCUUGAGGACAUAAAUGAGAUACCCAAGCCAUCUUGUCAUUGGCCUCGCGAAAUCUGGAGAAAAUAUGUUAAUAAUCUUGAGGACUUGAAAUACGAAGAGAACUCAACUAAGGCCAUUCAAUGCCUAAAUGAGAUGGUGACGGAUGCCUUGGUACAUAUUAAUGAUUGUUUGUACUAUCUGUCCCAGAUGCGUGAUCCAACUAUCUUUAGGUUCUUUGCGAUACUACAGAUUUUUGCAAUCGGAGAGCUAGCUUUAUGCUAUAAUAACAUCCAACUUUUUAGAGGUGAACUAACAUUGAGGCCUGGUCUUGUGGCUCAAAUUUUUGAUCGAACCAGAACAAUGGCAGAUGUUUAUGGGGCUUUUUAUGAUUUUUCUACCAUCCUUAGGUCCAAGGUUGACAUGAAUGAUCCGAAUGCCAUAACAACAAUUAGCAGGAUAGAAGCGGUUCAAAAAACUUGCAGGGACUCGGGAACCCUUACUAAAUGGAAAUCCUAUGUGGUUAAGAAAGAGCCAAACUACAAACGACCUUUGGUAACAGUAUCUUCUUUUUUUUAA